UGUCGUGUGGGGAAAGUUGAGGGUCUCUGUCUCUCAACCUGCAGAGCCCUGUGCUGGUCAGAGCUUCCCCUUGGACUAUCCGGUCUUAACAGCAAGGUCCCAUUCUGAUCCUACCAAGAUGGCACCCAAGAAGAAAACCCCUAAGAAGCCGAAGGUAGAAAAAGAGGAUGCACCUGUCACCCCAGUGAUGGUGGAAGAGGCUUUGCUAGAUGUCGAACACCUCAACCACUUGAAUAGUUUGUACGACAGUGGCUCCAACGGCUUCCACUGCACGGCCACGGAGGUUGAAGCUCCAGACCAUGGAGCCAGCCUUCUGGAGGGGAUGAACCAGAUGCGCCAGAAGCGGUUCCUCUGCGAUCUCACCAUUGCCACCAAAACAAAGUCCUUCGAGGUGCAUAAACUCAUCCUGGCAUCCUGCAGCGAGUACUUCCACCGCCUGCUGCAGAGAGACCCUCAGCUGCACCAGGUGGAGCUCCGUGACGUGUCCCCACUGGGCCUGACCACCGUCAUCACCUACGCCUACACGGGGAAGCUGAGCCUCUCGCUGUACACCAUCGGUAGCACCAUCGCCGCGGCCACCCAGCUGCAGGUGCCGGCCCUGCUGAACAUGUGCAGCGACUUCCUCGUGCGGGAGAUGGCCGUGGAGAACUGCGUGUACAUCGCCAACAUCUCGGCCACCUACGGCCUCAACCAGGUGAAAGACGCCACGCGGAAAUUCAUCCAGGAAAACUUCUUGGAGUUCUCCAAGACUGACCAGUUCAUGAAACUCCCCUUUGAUCAGAUCAACGAGCUGCUGAUGGAUGAUGGCCUGCAGAUACCCAGCGAGGUUGCAGCCUUCCAGAUCGCUGUCAAGUGGCUGGAGUUUGAUCCGAAACGGGUCCGAUACGCUGCUGACCUCCUGAGCAACAUCCGAUUUGGCACAAUCUCAGCUCCAGACUUGGUCAACCACGUGCAGCCUGUGCCACGCAUGAUGCAAGACCCGCAGUGCCACAAGCUCCUCGUGGAUGCUAUGAAUUACCACCUUCUCCCCCACCAGCAAAACAGCCUUCAGUCUCGGAGAACCAGGAUACGGGGAGGCCAGAGGGUGCUUGUCACAGUUGGAGGUCGUCCAGCUUUGACCGAGAAGGCUCUUAGCAGGGAGAUUUGCUACAGGGACGCAGAGGGAAACUGGAACAAGCUGACAGAGAUGCCAGCGAAAAGUUUUAACCAGUGCGUGGUGGUGAUGGAUGGAUUCAUCUACGUUGCGGGUGGCGAAGACCAAAACGAUGCCAGGAACCAGGCCAAGCAUGCUGUCAGCAGCCUGAACAGGUACGACCCGCGCUUCAACACCUGGCUGCACCUGGCCAGCAUGCAGCACAGGAGGACACACUUCAGCCUCAGCGCCUGCAACGGCCUCCUCUACGCCGUCGGAGGACGCAACGCCGAGGGGGCCUUGGCAUCCGUUGAGUGCUACGUCCCCACCACCAACAGCUGGCAGAGCAAGGCAAGCCUGGAGACGCCCCGCUGCUGCCACGCCACCGCCGUCAUCGACGGCAAGCUCCUGGUCACCGGUGGCUACAUCAGCCAUGCUUACUCCCGCACCGUGUACUGCUACGAGCCCAGCAGCGACGCCUGGAGGGAGCAGGCAAGGCUGGGCACCCCCAGGGGCUGGCACUGCGCAGCCACCGUGGGCAACCGAGCAUACGUGCUGGGUGGGAGCCAGCUGGGUCCCCAGGGCGAGCGGGUGGACGUGAUGCCCGUGGAGUGCUACAGCCCCCUGACGGGCCAGUGGAGUUACAUGGCCCCCGUGCCCACAGGGGUCAGCACGGCCGGGGUGGCUCUGCUGGAGGGGCGUUUGUGCCUGGUGGGUGGCUGGAACGAAAGCGGGAAGAGGUAUCAGAAAUGUGUGCAGUGCUACAAUCCUGACCUCAAUGAGUGGGCCAAGGAUGAGGACCUUCCUGAGGCCACCGUGGGUCUCUCGUGCUGUACCAUCCUCCUCCCACGCUCCCCGAGCUCCAGGUCCCGGGCCAGCUCUGUGGCCUCAGCAGCAGCCAGCACGUAAAGAGCCAGGGUGCUACAUGGCUUAUGCCAGCAGCUGGGGAAGGAGAGAGAGCUGAGGAGUGUGGAGAAGCUGGAUGGGGAGGGCACAAUAAUGUUUGGAGCCACCACAAAGUCUCACUCUUGGUUCCAUCAUGGCAAGUUUGGGGCUCUAGGAAAGCGUAUUCUGAGCUGCCGGCGUCUCCACCCCUCAGCGUAAGCAGGGAUUGCUCAAAGCGGGGCAAACACAGAAGCAAGCAGGACAGAAGAGCUUUUCUCCUCAGCCUGCAGCACUCUAGUGCACCAUGGGUUGAAAAAAAAAAAAAAGGAAAAAGAAGAAAAAACCCUAGAAUAACACAGGAGAAAUUCUACAGUAGGAAUAGUAUCAGGAGACACUUUCAAAACAUUAGUAUUGGUAUUAGGGACAACAAAGUGACAGGUCUAGAACAGAGCCUGUUGCUCACAAAGCAUUUGUGUGUGUAAGACAUUUAGUAUUUACUCACCAAAGCCAGAUGCCUUCAGCCCAGGAGUGAGGUGAUUGUUGAUAGCAAGGAGGAGAACUAGUGGAGCAACUCGCCAAGGUCUCUUGUUCUUCCUCCAGCUCAAGCAGAGGGAAUUGGGAAAGUGCCUAAGGAUGCUACAAAACUCCAGGAGAUUUCAGAGGUGCCCUGAAAAUACGUAUCAACUGAUUUUUUUUAUUAUCAGAAAAUAAUUCUCAGAAGCCCUUCACAUCUAAACCAAGAGCUCUCACAGAGAUAUUCCUAGCCAGGUUCUGUUAUUCCCACCAUCAAACUGACAGCUUGGGUUUGAACUCAGUCAGUGCUUCCCCAUUACUGUAAAAGCAGUGUCUGACCUCUAAAAGGAAAAAUUAUUGGGAAACUUAAGUUUCCAGGGGCAAGCACUAGCCUAGGGUCCCUCCCUGUCUCUGCAUCCGAGACAGCAGAGAGCUACUAGUCUUUACUAAAACCCUGUCUGCCUUUUCAGAGGGCACAGGGACUGCAGGCUCCUCCUGCAGAGCAGAUCUGGGGUUUAGGGCAGAGAACAUCAGAACAAACCACACCACAGAACCCCAAACCCUGCCCCGGGGGGUCCGAGAUCCAGCCCCAGAGCAGUGAGAACCUGUGACGAGCAGGAGGCAAGAGAGUGGUCCUUAUUUCCUGGUCCCCAGCCCAUGGCCAUUACCAGACAUCACGAAAUAGUCAAAAGUUGCAGCCAGAAUCUUACUGGUAACAGGCCCUGUCUCUUACUGGAGGACAUUUACAUGUGAUUUUAGGUUUGAAUCUCAGCUCAGGACCCUCACCAGCCUCCCAGCACCACAGGCCUUGCCCACCCCCUCAGCCCCUUCAAGUCACUCCCAUCACACUCGCUUGGACAAAGAACCCUCAGCCACAUUUUGGCUUUAAGGCUCUGCUUUAUUAAGAGGAUACCUUUGCCAAUUCCUUUGGCUUCCCAUUGAACUUGCACUCCCAACAGUUCCUACAGCAACAGAGUUUCCUCUGCUAAUUCCUCAUUCAUUAAGGAGCA